CUCCGCUCUCGGACCGGCCGAGGAGCCAUGGCGAACCAUAUCCUUCAGAUCGUCUACCCCUGCCUCCCGGAGUCCCCGUUCCCGGCCCUGGACCCGGACUUCGACAAGCCCUCCUACUCCUCCGACGCUGCCGCCGGCGGCGAGGACCGAAUCAGCGCGCUCCCCGACGACCUGCUGCGCAACAUCUUCUCCCGCCUCCGCGUCAAGGACGCCGGCCGCGCCGCAGCCACCUCCCCGCGCUGGCGCGACAUCUGGCGCUCCACCCCCUGCGCCCUCGAGGACCGCCACCUCAUCCGGCGGGUGGACCUCGAAGACGGCAUCGACUGGAGCGCCCUCGCCGCCGCCGUCUCGCGCGUCCUCGUCGCGCACCCGGGCCCCUUCCGCUGGGUCCACCUCACCUGGAACUUCAUGGGCUCCCAGGAGGAGGCGCUCGCCAAGUGGCUCCGCCUCUUCGCCGCCAAGGGCGUCGAGAACCUCGUCCUCGUCAACCGCCCCUGGCCCCUCGACGUGGCCCUGCCGGCGUCCAUCCUCCGCUGCUCCGCGCUCCGCCGCCUCUACAUCGGCGUCUGGCACUUCCCGGACACCUCGCGCCGCACCGUGCCCCCGCGCGGCCCCGACGUCUUCCCGCACCUCCAGGAGCUCGGGAUCUGCCACACCAUCAUGGACGAGCGCGACCUCGACUACCUGCUCGCCUGCAGCCCUCAGCUCAAGAUCCUCUCGUUCAACGUCAGCUACGGCUUCCCGUCGCGCCUCGAAAUCAGCAGCCGCAGCCUCUGCUGCAUGCUGCUCUGGUUCUCCAUGGCGGAGGAGCUCGCCAUGGUCCACACCCCACGUCUGCAGCGCCUUAUCAUCUACACCCCUGGAGAGGGCCAAACGCUCAGGGUCAAGAUUGGACAUGCUCCUCAGCUCACCGUGCUCGGCUACCUGGAGACGGCCGCACACGUGCUUGAGAUCGGCAACACCGUCAUCACGGCUGGGGUACCAAAUGUGAGUCCACAUACUAUGCUUCCAAGUGUCAAGGUGCUGGCUUUGAAGGUCAAUUUCGCAGUCACCAGUGAAGUGAAAACCAUGCUCCGUUUCUUGAGAUGCUUUCCCCAAGUCGAGACGCUACACGUUAUGAGUGAUGACAGUGAGGAAGAGAACGAGGAGGAGAACCACGACGGCAACACGGCGGCUGAAGCUAGUGCCGAGCUCUCCAAGUUCUGGCAGGAGGUCGAUCCGAUUGAAUGUGUGGAGGCGCACGUCAAGAAGGUGGUGCUGUUCCAGUUCAGCUCGGGGGCCAACGAGCUUGAAUUCCUCAAGCUGGUUCUUGAGAGAGGACUGAUGAUGGAGAAUGCUGUGGUGGUGCUUGCUGGUUCGAAGGAUGCUGCUAACGCGGCUGCAACCUUGGGCAAACUCCAGUCGUUGGCUUCCACCGCGAAGUUGGCUGCGGAGCGGUGCGCACUGGAGAUUCUUGCACGUCCACGAGGCUCUUGGACCUACCGCAGAGCGUCUGAUCUUUCUGUGAGCGACCCCUUUCCUGGUUAAGGGUAAUGCAGCGAUGGUGCCUGAGCAGCUAGAGCAUCGAUCAUUUUGGAUGAAUUUAAGAACUUACCAGGAGUGUUGAAGUAGCAGCAGCUAUGCAAAAGACUUAUGGCUUCUAUGUUUGCAGUUAUCUGCAUUUCUACUAAUAGCCAUUUUGUGGCUGCGUGUUUUGGCAACUGUGGCCUGACUUUGCUUAUGCUACAACCGCGCAACUUUUGUUUAUGCUUGCUUGAUGCUGUCUGGGAGUGAAACAUUAAUACUAGCUUGAGGCACCUUAGUAAAUCUUCCUUUUGCUUA